UUAGAUUUUAAAUUUUAAAAUCUGAGCUUAAAAUAUAAAUCGAUCAGUAUUAAUUGGACGUUCCAAAUAUAUCUAAUUGCACAGCAAUCAAUCAGAAAGGUGAUUGCUGUAAAUCCUGAUCCAAACACAUCAUCAUAAUCUUACUCCCUAUAUAAAUGGUGUUGGUAUAUCACACUACCAAUUAAACUUAAAACAAUUGUUGAUCUAAGCUUGUGAAUAAAAAUAUGAGUAGAACACGUGUUGAUGAAACUUCUUCAAUUCAAAAUCAUCUCCCUAUGCUUAAGCUUUUUGAUUCAUCUCUGAGACUCUGUGCGGUUCCCCUGUCUUUGGCAACCGUAUGGAUUACAGUGACUAACAACCAGGACAACACUAGCUAUGGAACACUGAGAUAUAGCAACUUUUCUGGUCUCAAUAUUGUAUCUUUUUUCUGCAGGUAUAUGGUUUAUGUGAGUGCCCUGUGUACUUGUUAUGCUAUUGUUGCCGCAGCUUGUUCAUGGGUCAAAUAUGUGGUAACAAAAGCAUGGAUUUUCUUUAUAUCUGAUCAGAUUGUAGCCUAUAUAAUAAUCACAUCAAUUGCUGCAACAAUGGAAAUAUACUACCUGGCUUAUAAUGGUGCCAAGGAAGAUUCUUGGAGUCAAGCCUGCAGUUCUUAUGGAAAAUUUUGCAGAAAAGUGAAGCUGGCUUUGAUUCUCCAUAUGAUUACUUUUGGUUGCUUUUUUUUUUUAGCCGUAAUUUCAGCUUUUAGAGCCUUCAGUGUGUUUGAUCCUCCAUCCGUCAAUUCUCAAGAUGUGUUGGAAGAUUGACAUUAGUGGACUGCAUGGUUUUAUGUAGAUUGUUUGGAUGGUUGCUAGUAAUGUCUAAAGCAUGUCUCAUACUUUAUAUUUAUGAAUUUUAUGAACAUAGGGAAAAUCAUAUUGUAUAUUAUCAUCCGAAAAAAAUAAAUUUUUUUUUCUCUUUAAGUUUUUUAAAAUGCCACUACAUUUUGUUUGGAUUGACCAAUCCAAAAGUGUAUUCGAACACAUAGAAAGCUGUAAGAAGAAACACUCUUAAAUAAAUAGGUUAAAUGGAGUCA